AUGAGACGCUCAGAGUCCCAUCUACUGGCAGACUCCGCUGCCUCGUCAGCCCUGGGGAGUGGGAGUGGACCCUUCCGUGCCAUGUUCACAGAGGCACGUCACAGGCUAUUUGUCAUGCUGAGAGUCUUCAGUUACUCUGUGUUCACCCUCUUCGACUCUGUGUUCACUGGAGGAGGCACAGUGGCCCAGAUUCAGUGUCCGCACACGUUACACUGCAGAGACCUCGAGGUUUCUGGACUGGGAUGGUGGUGCAGUGGUCCUGUAACGGAGACCGGCAGGGUUAGAAAUCCUGCAGCAGCGCUCAGUGGGCCACCUGGUGACCCGACUCAGACGGUCGCACCUGCUCCACGCCCUCGCCAGGCAGACACUUUCCUGGAUGUGGAAAAGCCUGGAAAUGCCCUGCUGCUGUCAGGAGUCUUCCUGGCUCUGGUCGAACGCUACCAAUCCAACUCCAGCUUUGAGUGGACCCAACUGCUGGGGCCAAUGCUGAUCUCCAUUGGGGGCACGUUCAUGCUCACCAGCGCCUGCAGGCUCAGCGUCACGUCCUGCUGGAGCUGCAGACAGUUGGACAAAGAGGCGCUUGUGACGCCUGGGACGGAGCAGAGCUCGAGGGGACUUUCUUGUACGUUAAGUUGCAUAAAUCGACCCAUCGUUCUGCACAGUGCUACAACAAUGCUGUGUAUUCCGCCUGCCUAUAAAUCUUUGAUCCAGGAUGUACGGCAGGCUAUUGAUUUCCAGGCUGGCAGCUCAGUGAAUGCCGCCCUUCCUCCUCGUGACGCUGUUUACUGUGUGGAUGGUCCUCUGCAGCUUUCACAGCAGAGGACCACAGAUCAGAAAGCAGGGGAUGCAAGUACAGCACGGAUUGAGGAGACGGACGAGGGUGGAAGAGGACGUGGUGAUGACAGCAGCUCUACCGCCCCCCGUCCACCUGCUUAUGAAGACAUCUACCCGUCCUUUAACCGACACAGUCUGUAG